UGAUUUGUCCAGUGGAGGUCAGCCAGUACGCCGCCGGCGAACGGGACUGCACGUCUCUAUUCAGGUUCAAUUUCUACGCCGCGACUGCGCGAAAUAAUUCGAACCAUGAUUGCCGCCGGACCAUGUGUCACUUGUAGUUGGUUCUAAUUCGGAUAAUGCUCGGAUGAGUCAGAUCCAAGUCAGAUCCGGUUGGCGACAUAUAGAGAACAACAAAGUUGUUGAUCAAUGACAGUGAGGUCGGGAUCAUUUCUUCCUCUCACCUCCCCCCUUUCGGGGUCCCUCCUAGGCCGCCGGUAACCGCAGUUCUUUGCAACGAGGGUUGGAGAAAGGCUCGUCCCCUCCCCACUUUCAUAGUCGGGUGGAACCCCAUCAUCGGAUGUUGGGGUACUAAUGACAUUUUAUAGUUGGCGGCAUAUGUAGAUCUGUUAGGGGUAUGAACGACAUUUAGCUUUUAUGUUGCUACUCAUGCCCUCAUCGUGCACAAUCUUUGACAGUGCGAGCUUGGGGAACGACGGAAGAUGAUUGGUGCUAUAAGGUUCAAUUUUGCUGGACCAGAUGGAUUUGUUAUUCCAUUGGAAGCUUACUUCAAAAUUUUCACAAGAUAGCAUCUGAGAGAGAUUGAUUUUUAAAGCACCAAAUACUUCAAGGAGUCCUAGUCAAAAUGUUAGAAGCUGGACAUUGAGGAAAUGUCACUGAAAUCUUUUCAAUCUUUUGAGGAGCUUUUGGAAAGUGGAUAUUGAGGAAAUGCUACCCAAAGUUUCCCAAAGGCCUCCCCUUUCUGGCAGUAGGGCUCUUUUAUAUGAUGAAAAGCUGUCAAAUCACCUUUCUGGAAAGAGCAAGCAUCCAACUGCUCCUUCUUUAAGGUUGAUUACUGAUAAAGAAGUCUAUAGACCAGAUGAUUUCAUCAAUGCAACCAUUGAAAUUCAAUGCACAGAUGCUGCAGUUAGGAACCAUGAAUCAGAUGAUGCUACAGUUUAUGCUUGUCCUUUCUUGAUUGAAAACCUUACAAUUGAAAUAAAGGGAGUUGAAAAGUUGGAUACCCAGUGGUUUAUCACACAAAAACCAUCGUCGGGAUCAAGACAAAGACGAGGUGAACAGAUUUUUUUGAACUCUACUAGCGCAUCUAUCAUAUCAAAAGUCAUUGUUUCUUCUGGUGGGACAAAAACAUAUAUGGUAAGGGCUCAGGUUCCAAAAGUCCUUCCACCAUCAUAUAAGGGAACUUCUGUUCGCUACUUCUACUACAUUAGAAGCAGUUUGAGUGGGCGAUGGUUGGUAUUAGACAAUUAUUAUUCUAAUGGGGAAGCUUUGAAAGAUCGAAUUCAUCUGGAAGCACGUACUCCAUUACAUAUAUGGGCAACACCGAAAUUUACUACCGUACCAACAGAAGGGAAUUAUAUUGAUGAUAGAUUUUCAAAUGGAGUACUUCAGAUGGAUAUACUAUGGAGAGAAAAAAGCUUGGAGUCUGAUUGGGCUAGGGCUAAUGAAGUUUCUAGUGGACUUGAGGAUGACUAUGACAGUGCAAGAGAUGAGAUUUCAUCUGUUGCAUCCUAUAGCCAUUCAAAAGGAAAUCUAGGCUCUGCAUUCGGUAGUGCCUUGUCCUUGCACUCACCUCCAUCUACAUCUGGGAAGGAAUAUCACCAAGCGGAAGGUGCAAGCAUUCCUUCAGUGAGGGUGGUACCUCAAAUAUCUACAACAGAAGACUUGUUUGAAGCUAAUGGGAAUUUAUUGUCGUCUGUUGGAAAUUCAACAGGAAAGAGUAUCUUGCAAAAAAGGCUUGGCUCUUAUCCAUCAGGUAUUCUUUCUCCAAGUCAGCUGAGAAGACAUACUAACCCCUUCUUUGGCAAUGAUGAGACGGGGGAGAAUUCACCAAGCAUUUCUGAAACAGAAAGCUUUGUUCGGGGAAGGUCUUAUAAUAUCAGGAUGGAUGAUCAAGUUUUGCUUCGAUUUUCCCCCAAAAAUUCUGAUUCAAUAUAUUACUUUAACGACAUGAUAGGUGGUGCACUUACCUUUUUCCAUGGAGAUGGAUCUAGGAGAUGCCUUGAGGUAUCAAUAACAUUGGAGACCUCGGAAACCAUUAGUCAGCCCUUCAUACAUCCCUCUCGGAGACAUUCCCCAACCAUUACAAAGGUUCACAGUGACCACUAUGAAGUUGUUGCCGAUCUGGUUCAAUCAAGUUUCCUCUUCUCCAUCCCCAUGGAUGGACCAAUGUCAUUCUCUACACAGCAUGUUACAGUGCAAUGGUCUCUCCGCUUUGAAUUUGUUACUACUCCAGGCAACGUUGAUUGGACAAGAUAUGACCAUCCUCUUCUUGUGGAAGGAAGAGAGAAAGGGGAAUGGGUUCUCCCAAUAACAGUUCAUCCGCCACCACCAAGGACACAAACCUCACAAUCAAGAGAUGAAAGACCUUUGUCUCCAGGUAGCCUAUGGAUACGGACCUAAUGGAGCUGUAAAUGUACCACUUUUUCAUUUUUAAAUUUGUUUGCCUUUUCUCUUCCUUUUUUAUAAUGUUAUAGGAAUGAGUUUUUGGCUCCUUGCAGCCGUGUAACAUGUCAGAACCCCUAUUGUUACCCAGAUUUAUGUUUAAGUGGAAAUCAUAUUUUAGCAGAACCAAA